CACAAGUACGAUAUACGAUAGUGGAAGCCCUGGUUCGCUACGAUUUCUCAUGUGACAGCUGUGGGUGAAUGAAAAUAAUGAUAAGCCAAGUCGGACGAGAGCUGUACAAGGUGCCGCUUCGCAUUCUAGACCAUCGCGUGUUCGUAAACGGCGAGAUCGAGGCCUUUCUCGAGAACUUCGAGGUGCGGCGCAACGACAGCGAAGUGGAGAAACUUUUCCAGGUCACCGAGACAGUGGGAUCUCUAAAGUACGAUCUCUCCCGGUGCAGUGCAACCGGCAGUGGUAGCGGAGCCGAAAAUCUUGCCCAACUGGACACAGAAGUCACCCAUCUGCUGGACGGGGUCAACGCACUCUUGGCAAAAGCGAAGGUGGAACGAACUGCCAGCACCCGGUUGCAGGAGACGCGACUGGCACGUGAGCAACGCCGGGCGGAGUUCCUAACCAAUUUGGAGCACGGCUAUCGCCGCAUCGAGAACUCGUUCGAGGAGAAGGAGGAGGAAAUCGCAGAGCUUUACUCGGAUUUGCAACUAAAGCUUAACAUUGCCAAGUAGAAACUAUGCUGAAGUC